AUGGGCUACCCCGCAGCCGCACUGUUGGCCUGUUGGGCUACCCAAGUUGAACUGGGAUCGUCCCCAUCUCCGCCGCUGCGGCGAGCAGGCAGCGACCGCCGCUGCCAAACACGGCCAGGCCGGGGAGCGGUGGAGGGCAGUGGAGCACCGGCGCACCGCAUAUGCUCGGGGUUCUUCGCCGCGCAGGCCUCGCCGCAGCGUCAAUGCCGGCGGCGGGCCUCCGACAGUUUCAGUGUGCUUACCAUAGAAGCAAUGAGAGAUUAUCACCUAUCCACCAAGUCAUUUCAAAAUAUCUGCAAAAUUCUGAUCUACCCUUUGUUGCACAGAGAAGACCCAGAAGUUUCAUAUGGUCUUAAGUGGGCUAUUGCUGGGAAAGGUGUCAUUGUGAAAGAUAAGGUCUUCCAUAACUUGGAAACAUCGGAGCUUCAGAAAGGAGGUGCUACUUACCCAGACUGUUUGUCUGGUAUUCCACUUCAUGUUAGAGGAGAUGUCAUUGGUGGUGUCCCUGGUGUUUCUAAAGCUCAAUUUGCAAAGCUUCUAAAACUGGUGACGUUUCAUCUUUCAUCCAUCUCGUGUCUAUAUGUUCAAGAUGGCGCCGUUGGUUCCUCAGCAGAAUGUGAUGCAAAGGUUCGAGUCAUUAGUGAUAAUCCCUCUGCUGUUAUGUUACUGUCCAAUGUCCUUUGGAAAAUAUCGGAUCGUGCGAUUUCCCAUGACACAUCCCCUUUGACUAUAUAUGCUACCAGUUCAAUAAGUAACAAUGUUAAGACUGUUCUUGGUUCUGGAACACAAUAUGCUAAUGGAUUUGCAGCAGUGGAUAUUGAACGGUCAUCUCUAAUCCUAUGCGGUAAAGCAUUCGCUGAUUCAGCUAUUGUGAAAGAUGCACUUACUGCUAUGACAGCCCCGAUAUUGUCUGCAAGAGGAGGCCUCCCGGUUCCAGGCUGGCUUAUGUGCUUUGGUGGUUCUAUUGUAUUAUUGUUUGCUCCGGUGGAAAUCAUGAUGUCCUGCUUAGAAAUCCACAAUGCUCUAUUGUCCACUGACUGUGGUGCAGUCAUCUCUUCUAAAGGGUCUACUGUGCUUUUCCCAACAAAGGCUAGAAGGGAGCCAAAAUUGUUUGCCAAACCAACUGCCGUAAUUAUUGUGUCAUCUGAUAGCACUGGUGCCAUACCAUCUGUAUCGAAGCUCUCUCCUGGCCAGGCUGCUUACCAUUUCUUGGCUGGAUACCACGAUGGAAAAUUUGUCCCAGCAUACAGCAGAGCCCCCUCUCCUGCUGACCCACUUGCACUUGCAAGUUCCUUAUUCUCACAUUUGAAAGAAGAUGAUACACCAGCAUAUCUGAUCAAUGCUAAGCACUCUGGAAAGUACAUUGAUGACAAUGGGUUUAUGAAAUUAUUAAAGCUGGCACUAUCUCACAAUGUGCCUGACAUCAAAACUAAAGACUUUAGAGUUGGGGAACUCAAGGGGAAGUACAGGAACUUUCUAUCCAGCAAGUUUGGCAAAUGUUUACUCGAGGAAUUCUCUUUCUAG